AUGUUCCGUCGCAUUCCUAUAACUUCACAUUUGAGCCAAACCCGGGGAUGGAACGGGUACUACCUUUCCGGCGAUCAGCUCCAGGAGUAUUUCGUGAAUUUCGCCGAAGAGUAUGACCUGGAGCAUUUCAUUAAAUUCGAGACCAAAGUCGUGAGCGCGUCUUGGUUGGAGGAAGAAGGCCAAUGGCCGGCGAUUGAAGGUCUUCAGACCUACAAGGGGAUCCUCACCCACACUGCAAACUGGGAUCAGGAUAUUGACUGGAAGGACAAACGUGUCGCACUUAUUGGGGUCGGGUCAAGCGGUGUCUAA